AUGGCUGCUGACAACUCCACUGGAGACCUCCACGCUGCUGGGCCGCAGCUGAAUGCAGCUGACAUCACUGUCAUAGCCGUAUACUUUGCCCUGAACGUGCUGGUGGGCAUAUGGUCCUCAUGUCGGGCCAGCAGGAACACUGUGAGCGGCUAUUUCCUGGCAAGCCGGGACAUGACAUGGUGGCCGAUCGGAGCCUCCCUCUUUGCCAGCAGCGAGGGGUCCGGCCUCUUCAUCGGACUGGCAGGCUCGGGUGCAGCUGGAGGCCUGGCUGUGGCAGGCUUCGAAUGGAACGCCACGUACGUGCUGCUGGCCCUGGCAUGGGUGUUUGUGCCCAUCUACAUCUCCUCAGAGAUUGUCACCAUGCCUGAGUACAUCCAGAAGCGCUACGGAGGCCAGCGGAUACGCAUGUACCUGUCCGUCCUGUCCCUGCUGCUGUCCGUCUUCACCAAGAUAUCGAUUGACCUGUAUGCGGGUGCGCUCUUUGUGCACAUCUGCCUGGGCUGGAACUUCUACCUGUCCACCACCCUCAUGCUCGUUGUCACGGCCUUGUACACCAUUGCAGGGGGCCUGGCUGCGGUGAUUUACACAGACGCCCUGCAGACAUUCAUCAUGGUCGUGGGGGCUGUCAUCCUUACAGUCAAAGGUGAGGGGCUGGGGGCUUCAGCCAAUACCCUGCAGGGCCCACACUGCGGGACCCAGGGGCGGAGCUCAGCAUGGGCUGGAGGAGUCAGGCCACCAGGCACUUGGGGCACUCCGCCUCUCUUAUAAAGGGGAGGCCUGGCCCCCAGGGCUGGAGGCUGCUGGCCUCCCUCCUGUCCCAGU